ACAUACACUUUUAUAGUGUGUUUCUAUUGUUAAAGAAUUUUACCUUUACAAUGAUCAUAUUUUAAUCAUUGUUGUAUCACAUUUCUCCAAACCGGCAGAACACACAUUGGAAACAUCAUAAUCAGGAUCCUUACUGUACAGACCAAAAGCUUGUAUGAGUGUCCAUUUGCCAGUGGUCUUCUGUGUGGUCAGUACUACACAAUACAAUAAUGAACAGCAAACCAUAUAGUGUGUCACCGGUAAUGCUCAAGUUUGUUCAUUGCUGCUGUGCAUUUCACACAACAGAAGGAAUGGAGCAAAGGCGCUAAAGUUUGAAAGCAUGGACUCCUUGUAGCGGUGCUCAGUGUCUGGUCUCCAUAUGUUCCCUGCAGUGGUGUGGGGAAAGACACUUGUUCAGCUGCAGACCAGGUGGUACUCUGUUCUAUCCUUCUUCAGGGUUAAACCAUAGCACGGGUCGAUAACAUAUCAUAAUACUAACGCAAGAGCAAGUGUGAUGAGUCAAGUUCAUUAUUUUGUGUAGGUUUAAUAAUAUAUAUAUAUCCACUAUUUAGAAUAAUUUAGAUUGCUUUAUGCAGAUGAGCCAUAACAAAUUCAUAACAACUCAGAAGGCCAGCUGUUUUUGCAAAAUGUCAAGUUCUCGCCAAGUAUAAGUGAAAUGUUCUCACUGUACAAAGCAGCAGCUUUGAAGACUUCACACUCUCGUUCUGCAUAUUCGGCCUUGCUGAUUUGCAAGCGCAGCUCUUGUGGAAAUGCUUCCAACUGCUGUUUUGCAUGCAUUUAUUUCUCAGGGUUGUCUCCGAGUGCACCAGUGUGGGUCUCUCUACCUGUUCACAAAAGCAAAGCUCCAUAAUCCCUCUUAAAUAUUUGCUCUCUCCUCUUGUAACGCAGAUUGAGCUGCAGUGUGUUUACAUGUGGGAUUGAGGGGCUAGCAAAAGCCAGCGUGUUCGUCACUUUCACAGCUGACAGUGACUGCAUGAUUGGGAUAGUUCUGUCCUGCUUGGAGCUUUAGAUCGAGGCAUAUGAACCAUGGUGUUUAGAGGACUUAGUCCAGAACCACACAGAGCUAGAUUCUGGCUGAGGAACAGACACGGUCCAGCACAUUUGGAGUCUUGUAACAGAAAUAGAAGGGGGCCAUUUAGCGUGGUGAGGAGAUGCAUCAACAGAGAGACAGGUCAGCAGUUUGCAGUGAAGAUUGUAGACGUGGCCAAGUUCACCUCUAGCCCUGGCCUGAGCACAGAAGACCUGAAGAGGGAGGCCAGUAUCUGUCACAUGCUUAAACACCCCCACAUUGUGGAGUUGCUGGAAACCUACAGCUCAGAUGGAAUGCUCUACAUGGUCUUUGAGUUUAUGGAUGGCGCAGACCUCUGUUUUGAGAUUGUGAAAAGGGCAGAUGCUGGGUUUGUCUACAGUGAGGCUGUAGCCAGUCACUACAUGAGACAGAUCCUUGAAGCACUGCGGUACUGCCAUGACAACAACAUCAUUCAUCGCGAUGUAAAGCCUCACUGUGUAUUGCUGGCAUCAAAGGAGAACUCUGCUCCCGUGAAGCUGGGUGGCUUUGGAGUUGCUAUACAACUCGGAGAGUCAGGAUUAGUGGCUGGAGGCCGAGUAGGCACCCCUCAUUUCAUGGCUCCUGAGGUGGUGAAGAGAGAGCCGUAUGGGAAGCCAGUGGAUGUGUGGGGCUGUGGAGUCAUCCUCUUCAUCCUGCUCAGUGGCUGCCUGCCCUUCUAUGGCACUAAAGAGCGCCUGUUUGAGGCCAUUAUCAAAGGCAAAUACAAGAUGAACCCACGACAGUGGACUCACAUCUCAGAGAGUGCUAAAGACUUGGUGCGACGCAUGCUGAUGCUGGAUCCUGCUGAGAGGAUCACUGUGUACGAGGCCCUCAAUCACCCGUGGCUCAAGGAGAGAGACCGCUACGCCUACAAAAUCCACCUGCCUGAGACGGUGGAACAGCUGAGGAAGUUCAAUGCACGGAGAAAGCUCAAAGGUGCUGUGUUAGCAGCAGUGUCCAGCCACAAGUUCAGCUCGUUCUAUGGUGACCCACCUGAGGAGCUGCCAGACUUCUCUGAAGAUCCCACGUCAUCUGUAGGGGCUGUAUCACAGGUACUGGAUAGCUUGGAGGAGAUCCAUGCACUAACAGAUUGCAGUGAGAAAGACUUGGACUUUCUACACAGUGUCUUCCAGGACCAGCAUCUCCACACGCUACUUGAUCUGUAUGACAAGAUAAACACCAAGUCCUCCCCACAGAUCAGGAAUGCUCCAAGUGAUGCUGUUCAGAGAGCCAAAGAGGUACUAGAAGAGAUUUCCUGCUAUCCAGAUAAUACAGAUUUUAAAGAGCUGAGGCGAAUCCUAACCCAGCCCCAUUUUAUGGCCUUACUGCAGACUCAUGAUGUGGUAGCUCAUGAAGUAUACAGUGAUGAGGCACUGAGGGUCACACCCCCUCCUACCUCACCGUAUUUGAACGGAGACUCACCUGAGAGCACCAACGGGGACAUGGACUUGGAGAACGUCACUCGAGUACGCCUGGUGCAGUUCCAGAAGAACACAGAUGAGCCCAUGGGUAUCACGCUGAAGAUGAAUGACCUGAACCACUGCAUCGUGGCCAGAAUAAUGCAUGGUGGCAUGAUUCAUAGGCAAGGAACUUUGCAUAUUGGAGAUGAGAUCCGGGAGAUCAACGGCAUUGGUGUAGCUAAUCAGACAGUGGAGCAGCUCCAGAAAAUGCUUAGGGAGAUGAGAGGGAGCAUCACCUUCAAGAUUGUACCAAGCUACCGGAUACAGCAGUCAUCUUGUGAGAAAGAGUCCCCUACCACCUCCAGACAGUCCCCUGCUAAUGGCCAUUCCAGCGUUAACAGUUCUAUCUUGGACCUGCCAUCAACCAUCCAGCCAAAAGCACGCCAGAUCUAUGUGCGGGCACAGUUUGAGUAUGACCCAGCCAAAGAUGAGCUCAUUCCUUGCAAAGAGGCAGGCAUUCGGUUCAGAGUGGGAGACAUCAUCCAGAUCAUCAACAAGGAUGACCAUAACUGGUGGCAGGGCAGGCUGGAGAACACAAAGAAUGGCACAGCUGGGCUCAUUCCAUCCCCAGAGCUGCAAGAGUGGCGGGUGGCCUGCAUAGCGAUGGAGAAAACUAAGCAGGAGCAGCAAGCCAGUUGUACUUGGUUUGGCAAGAAAAAGAAGCAGUACAAAGACAAGUAUCUAGCGAAACACAGUGCAGUGUUCGAUCAACUAGAUCUUGUCACAUACGAAGAAGUUGUGAAGUUACCAGCUUUCAAAAGGAAAACACUAGUGUUAUUAGGAGCUCACGGUGUUGGCAGAAGACACAUCAAGAACACACUCAUCACUAAACACCCCGACAGAUUUGCUUACCCCAUUCCACACACAACCAGACCUCCUAAAAAAGAUGAGGAGAAUGGCAAAAACUAUUACUUUGUAUCACAUGACCAAAUGAUGCAGGACAUCGCCAACAAUGAUUACCUGGAGUACGGCAGCCACGAGGACGCCAUGUACGGCACACGGCUAGAGACGAUACGCAAAAUCCACGAGCAGGGCCUCAUAUCUAUACUUGAUGUCGAGCCACAGGCGCUGAAGGUCUUGCGAACAGCGGAGUUCGCUCCUUACGUUGUUUUUAUUGCUGCACCAACCAUCACUCCAGGCAUGAAUGAGGACGAAUCGCUCCUGCGGCUGCAGAAGGAGUCGGAGAUCCUCCAGAAGACCUACGCACACUACUUUGACCAGACCAUCAUCAACAACGAGAUUGAUGAGACGAUCCAGCACCUGGAGGAGGCUAUAGACCUGGUGUGCACUACAGCACAGUGGGUUCCUGUGUCCUGGGUCUACUAGAACACCAUUAACUCUGAAAGCCCGGCUCUCUGUGAUGCAUCUUUGCAAAAAAAAAAAAAAUUUAGAUAAAAAAUAAAUAUGUGCGUAAGUAAAUGAUUAAGAAGGAAAGAAAAAACAUCACCAUUCCCUGGAGAAAGGAUCCACCUCUGAUUUGUGUGAUGCGCAGUGCACAUGACCUGCAGACAAAUCCAAUCUCAGCCCUUCAGACUACAUAGAUGUAGUGUUGUAUAAAACAGAAUAAUACAGUUGUGAAUAUUGACACAUCCUUAUUGAAGAGAUGCAGCAUUUUGUAGAGUUUUGAUUUAAAGAGACAGUAUCUUAAAUGUUCAAAGUUUAUUUUCUGCUCACAGAGAGGAACAGCAGACAUGUUUCAGCAACGCGUCAACAAUUAUCCAUUCAGAGCCUCUAUAUAUAUAUAUAUAUAUAUACACAUAUAUAUCUCCAUCAGCCAUUAUAAAAACACCCCUUGCUGGAACCCCAUUCAUUUUCCUUAUGUAUCUCACUCUGCUGUCGUAACCACUUCCAGAUACUGUCUCUUUAAACAAGUCCAUACCUCUGAGAGCUGAGUUCUCAUGCAUGUGAACAUUCAGAGACUUGCAUUAUCAGUGUUAGCAGUGUGACGCUACUGUUAUCCACAGCACAUUCCAUACGUCUGGACAAAUUCAGACCAAGUGAAGACCAGUGGAGUAUGAAGAUGAAAAAAAAGACCUAUGCACAUCUUUGGGCACAUCGGGACAUUUCGGACAACUUUCUAACAAAUUCUUACCAGCUGUGUAGUGAGAUGUGUUCAUGUCUCAAUUUAAUUUUUGUUGUAAAAAAAAAAAAAAAAAAAAUCCUAGAGAUAAAAAAAAGACAAAAAACACAAAUCUAUAGUGGUUUCACCAUUACAGAAAUGUGUCAUCAGAGAAUAUUAAUGUUUUCAUGAAGCUGAAUCAAAACGGGAAACAGAUUUUUAUUCAGUGUAACUGUUUGACAGAAGUGCGCACACACACAGACACAUUUUGCAAAAUGAACUGUGUUGCACAAAAAAAAAAAUCUAAAUGAUUCUGUAUAUGACAAACUGUUUACUUCAGACUGCCCUGUGUAAAUUCCUCUGCUGAUGACUGAGCAACUCUUCAGUAUGAACCAUUUUUUAAAUAUAUUUCCUUUUCUGUGGUGAAGUCCAGU